AUGGAUAAUGAAACUAAUGAUGACUUCAAUGUUCCAUUACAGACACCUUCACACAGACUAACUAUAAUUCAGGGAUCCUCCAUCCCAAUAUCAAGGAUGGGACCAAGAAGUGAUUUAGAACUUGAUUCUAGUCAUAUUUUUGGCUACAAUACCUCAUCUGAGCAUUCCCAUUAUCCCUCAAGAUUCCAGUAUUCCCAUUCAUCAUUACUCACAAACUCAAACCUUGCAAGAAGAAGAAAAACCAGUGAAGAGAUUAUCACAAAGACGAUCGAAAACCAACAAUGCUUGUUAGAAUACCUUGACAGUACAGACUGGAUUUUCCAAAGUAAACUCAAUAUUUUCUCAGUUAACUUUUCAUUUUACUGAUAAAUUAUCCUUGCCAAUU